CAUAAGUUUAUUUCACCCAUUUUAUAAGUACAAAAGUGUGAUAAAAAUAAUAACAAAAGUUUCUGAUUCAUUUGUUUAUAACGAAAAAUACAAUGUCGAAAAAGUUUGGUAAAAAUAAAAAUUGGAAUAAUCAUUAUGAUGCACGCAAUAAAAAUUUUGGUGCUAAUGAUAAUGAGCGAUCGGAAAAUAUUCGACGUGUUAGUUUCAAACAAAAUAAUCGUACAAACCGAAAACAAAAACAAAGAGAUUGGGAUUUUGCCAUAAAAAGUCAUUUAGAUGAUGAAGAUAUUCCUAUGACCGGUGGUAGCAGUGGUUCACAAGGUAAUUUUCAUCCAAUUGGAAAUAAUAGAAGGCGUGGUGGUAAUCGUGUACACUCACCAGCCCCACGUGGUGGUGGCCAUGCCGGUAACACUGGUAAAACAAGAAAACUAUUAGAAGGACCAACAAGCUGGUAUAAAGUUACGAUAUUUUCUGGAGCACUCUAUGAUAAACAAGAUUUAUUACGAAUAUUACUUGGACAAUUAGAACAUCCUGAAUCAUUUAUACCUAUAAACUGGCGAAAUAAUGGUCCCGAUGCUGUAUUCUUUGUGGACGAUUUUAAAAUUGCCACGAAAAUAUUUAAUUCAGAUAAGAAAAUCGUUUUACCGGAUGGACGUCGUUUGGGUGUUCGAGUAUUUCAUGCACUACCACAAAUUGAGAUCAAUGAUCGAUUAAAAGAGAAGAUGAAAUUAGCAAUGGCAAAACGUUAUAAUCCGGCAACAAAAGCAUUAGAUUUAACAAAAUUUCAUGUGGAUGCAGAAUUACAAGAUGUAUUUUGUGCAUUGUUUCGUGCAAUUAUUAUGAAUGCAGCAAUUGAUGUAAUUGCAGAAAAUAUUCCAGAUUUAGAAGCAUUAAAUUUAUGUCAAAAUCGACUUUAUGUGAUAGAUCAUUUAAGCAAUUUGGCAAAGAAAUUACCUAAUUUAAAAAUAUUACAUAUUGGAAAUAAUGAGAUUCGUGACAUUCGAAGUUUGGAUAAAUUGAAAGGAUUGCAACUUGUUGAUUUGGUUUUGGAUGGUAAUCCACUCUGUGACAAAUUUAAGGAUCAAAGUGUUUAUGUCAGCGAAGUGCGGAAGAGAUUUCCUAAAGUUAUUAAAUUGGAUGGAGUUGAUUUGCCACCACCAAUUGUGUUUGAUGUCACUGAAGAAUGUAAAUUACCACCAACCAACCAAACAUUUUUAUGCAACGAUGCUGGAGGCGAUAUUGUUCGAGUAUUUUUAAAACAAUACUUUGAAAUAUAUGAUAGUAACAAUCGACAACCAUUAUUGCAAGCAUACCAUGAAAAUGGUAUGUUUUCUAUGACAAUGGGCUACCCACAUGGUUUAACACAAAAAAAUUCACCACCAUUAAAUUGGUACCAAUUAGAUAAUCGUAAUUUACUACGUGUACAAAAUCCUGAACGACGAAAUAAAUUAUUGAAACAAGGACAACUUUCGAUUGUUUCAUUUCUUGCGGAAAUGCCAAAAACUCAACAUGAUAUGAAUUCGUUUAAAGUUGAUCUUUCAUUUUUCACGCCACAAUUUUUUAUGCUUAAUGUCAGUGGGAUAUUCAAAGAAAUUGGUGGAGGAUUUAAAACACCACCGUUACGAGCAUUUACUAGAGCUUUAAUAAUAGUUGCUGCCAACUCUGGAUUUUGUAUAAUAAACGAAGCUAUUUAUAUAACAAAUGCAACAGACGAACAAGCAAAAGAUGCUUUUAAAAUGCCCAACCCAAUAAUUCCAACAAGUCCUCAAGUGUCAUCACCUACAGUUCCAGCAGGAUCACCACCAGAACUAGAUGAUGCCACUAAACAGCAAAUGGUCCAUACAAUGGCGCAACAAUCAGGAAUGAAUUUGGACUUUUCCACAAAGUGUUUACAAGAAACAAAUUGGGAUUUUCAAAGAGCGGUGGUGAUAUUUACAGAAUUACACAAACAAGGAGGCAUACCACCAGAAGCUUUUGUUAAAUAAUACUGAAUGUAAAGACUAAUU